CCUGGCUGAAGGCUGCAGGCCCCGGGGCCCGAGGUCGGGCAGGAGAUCCCGGCUGCCUUGCGGCUGGACGGGGAAAGGGAGAGGAGUGGGGUUCGGGACAAUCGCCAAGUGAUCCAUUGGAUUAAGUCGGUGGGUGUCUGGGUCGCGAGAAUUCACGGGACUCUGAUUCUGACGCUGAGGAAGGAGCCGUGGGCGGAGAAGCGGAGAUGGACUUCCUGCGGAAUUUCUUCUCCCAGACCCUGGGUCUGGGCUCCCAGAAAGAGCGUCUGCUGGAUGAGCUCACCCUGGAGGGGGUGUCCCGCUACAUGCAGAGCGAGCGCUGCCGCAGGGUCAUCUGUAUGGUGGGAGCUGGAAUCUCCACGUCCUCUGGCAUCCCUGACUUCCGCUCACCAACCACCGGGCUCUACGCCAACCUGGAGAAGUACAAGCUGCCCUACCCCGAGGCCAUCUUUGAGAUCGGCUUCUUCAAGAAACAUCCGGAGCCCUUCUUUGCCCUUGCCAAGGAGCUCUAUCCUGGGCAGUUCAAGCCGACCAUCUGUCACUACUUCAUCCGCCUGCUGAAGGAGAAAGGGCUGCUGCAGCGCUGCUACACGCAGAACAUCGACACCCUGGAGCGUGUUGCGGGGCUGGAACCCGAGGACUUGGUGGAGGCCCACGGCACCUUCCACACGUCACACUGCGUCAGCCCGCUGUGCCGGCAGGAGUACCCCUUGAGCUGGAUGAAAGAGAAGAUCUUCUCCGAGGUGACUCCCAAGUGUGAGAAGUGUCAGAGCUUGGUGAAGCCUGACAUCAUCUUCUUUGGCGAGAACCUGCCGGCGCGCUUCUUCUCCUGCUUGCAGUCGGACUUCCGGAAGGUGGACCUCCUCAUCAUCAUGGGCACCUCCCUGCAGGUGCAGCCCUUCGCCUCCCUCAUCAGCAAGGCCCCCCUCUCCACCCCGCGCCUGCUCAUCAACAAGGAGAAGAGUGGCCAGACGGACCCGUUCCUGGGGAUGAUGAUGGGCAUGGGAGGCGGCAUGGACUUUGACUCCAAGAAGGCCUACAGGGACGUGGCCUGGCUGGGUGACUGCGACCAGGGCUGCCUGGCCCUUGCCGACCUCCUGGGAUGGAAGAAGGAGCUGGAGGAGCUGGUCCGGAAGGAGCAUGCCCGCAUCGAUGCCCAGGCAGAACCAAGGAGCCCCAACCCCACCUCCACCUCAGGGCCUUCUCCCGGGGCCUCCCCACCCCCCGCCAAGGAGCAGACCCAGUGACCAUGGCGUGUCCCCUGCAGGAUCCACACCUCCUUCAGGGCAGCCCCUCUAACUUAUAGCUCUCCUCCUCUGGACGCGCUGAACAGUUCCCCAAUCUCUUAAUCAAGCCCCGCCCACGCCCGAGUGCCCCCCAUCUCCCAGAACCCUGACCAGUCUAACACCGUGGGGCCGACUGGGGGUGGCCGUCUCUAACAGCCCCAGCCCCUCCCAGGGGUGAGGCGCCCCCCUCCCCUAAUUUCCUAACUGCUCCCAGCAGCCAGACGGUCUCCCCGACUGCUAACCACCCCAGCAUGGGAGUCCCGGGGCCUGUGGCCACACAGACGGAGCCUAACCUAGCCUGGCCGGGGCCGGGGUAUGGGCCCCCACGCCCUCGCCGCGUGGGUCGGGGUCUGAGCCUGGAAACCUCAGCUCCCAAAGUGGGUGCUGCCCCCUCGUCUUGGGGGCCCCCUUCCCGUGCAGGGACGGGCAGCCUAUCCGUUGCUCUCUGCUGGAGACAAAUUAAACGCUCGGAGCUAACCAGUCA